AUGAGAUUUUUAACUGCUCUUAUUGUAUUUGUCUGUUUGACUUUCCAAUCAGCUUAUGCUCAAGAAUACUUUUACUACCAACCAAAUGGUAAUUUCACAUCUCCAUAUCCACCAAACAACAUUGCCGAUAUUCAUUUGAAGGUUUGUACUCUUGUAGGAGCAGCUCCAGCUAUAUUGGCUGCCUUUUCUGCUGCAGUUUCUGCUGCUGGAACCUCGGCUUCCAACAAGUAUGAAUGGUCUCUCUAUGGUUGGAUCAAUGAUGAAAGCACCUCCACCUACAAGUUGGUCAGACCAAUGACCCAAGCCGUCCAAACUUUCCCAAACACUAAUAUUGUCAAGGUUGGUUUCAUCUGUCUUGGUACCAAGCCAAUUUUGGGAUACCAAGGUGUAUUAAAGCGUAAUGCAGGAUAUUGGACCCCAAGUGGUGUCGUCCUCAAGGAAGCUUACGCCAUUUCUGCACCAGGUGGUUAUGCUAAUCUCAACGAUCUCCAAGCCGAUUGUGCCAAUGCUCUUACUGGUUCGAGUGUUGCCGUGGUCAACCAAAUCUAUGAAACCUUUUACCAAAACUCGUCCAUCUGUGUCAAUGCCUUGUUCAAGGAUAACGUUGAUAAUGCUCCAAGAAAAGGUUAUUACUAUGGUAUUCCAGGCCAAGCCGGAUGUACCUUUGGUUUCAAUUACGGUGCCUAUACUCCUGGAUCCCCUGCUCUUGCUGCCGGUAUCUGUUUUGGUCCAAAGCCAGUUACCAGUUCUUACUACACCAGUGCCACUAGAGUCGUCAGUGUGUACAACUUCAACAUAAUUGGUAAAUACUCUAGAUUCGAGUCCAUUGCAAACUACCCUAUCCAAAGCUUAAAACCUUGGUAUGCACAGAUAUUUUGGCUUAACAAACCAUCGAGAAAAUAUUUUUCCAUUACGGGUACUGUACCAAAGAGUAUUAAUAUUUUCAUCGAUUGA